CAACAGCUGUUUCGAGUCGAGCGGCUUUACGUUCAUCGAACACGUGAAGACGUUUCAUUAUGUUUUACGUUACCGAACGAAACGAAACGUCAAACUAAUAUUGUAAACAACAUAGUGUAUCAAUUCAUUUAUCGAUGUUUUUGGCGGUGAAUGUAAAUUAGCUAUGAAACUAUUUCCAAAGCGCCAAAAAUAAUAGCGCGUCUGAACAAGUGAAUUGUUUUGUGUCCAAUUGGAUUUAAAGUUCCGUUAAAGAGUUGCCUCACUUCUUGGAAGAUGUACUGUGUGACUUCGUAAAGGUAUUUGUGUUGUUUAUAAAGUGUAUAUCGCUGUCGAAAAUGAUCAAAUGAUUUUCCACAAAAUACCUUAUCCAUGAAGGACAUUCCCGAUGAAAUUAUGCUGUGCUUAGUGCAAAGUUUUAGAGAUCGAGACAACGGUUAUGGCAAAAGUCGUGAAUCCGUUGAAUGUGAGGUGACUGACAGCAAUAACGUUAAGACUAAAAAGAAAAGUGAAAAGCGUGUUACUUUGGCCAAGGACUCUUACUCUGAAGCGAGUGGACUCAGUGACGUAGAAUUACGAAAGCCCUCCCUAAGUGUACGCAGGUCCUUUAGGGCAUCAGGCGAGAAGUUUCUCAAAAACUUUCCGGACGUUAAAAGAAGCUUUAGUGACCGUUUCUCAGUCAUAUCGGAUGCAAGUGGAAAAAGGCCCCAAAAAGCUUUCUCGACCAUUAGGAAAACUUGGUCGACCGGCAACUUCGCGUCGGGCGCGGGUGGCGGGGUCGGGGCGCCGCGCUCCGCCCCCGCCACCCCGCUACAGCUUGAGCCGCAGGCAAGGGCCAGCAAACACGAUAAGCAUGCAGUGAAGCCGCUCUCGGGCUCAGCGCCGUCGGUGCGGACGGCCGCGCUGGCCGGCUCCGAUGAGACGACGGAGUGCAAGCAGCCCAGCAAGUCCCGUCAAAAGAAGUUCCAAAGGCACUUCCCGCAGGUCGGCCCGGAGGAACGAGUUCUUAAUUAUUAUUCAUGCGCCCUGGUUGGCGACCUCCUCUUGCAGGGCCACUUAUAUAUAACCAAGAAUUAUUUCGCAUUUUAUUCCAAUGUUUUUGGAUAUGUGACUAAGUUAUUAAUACCGACUUCGUCGGUACUCCGCAUCACCAAAGAGAAGGUGGCGCGGAUAAUCCCGAACGCGGUGGGCGUGUGCACGCGCGACGAGCGGCACGUGUUCGGCUCGCUGCUGUCCCGCGACGCGACCUACAAGCUGAUGACGCACGUGUGGAAGGCGGCGAAGGUUCCAGAGCUUGCAGUCCCGAAGCCUCAGGAUUUGCGAACGUCAGAAGCGGAAUUAGAAGCGUCAGAGUAUUCGCCAGAGGAUGACAGCAGUUCCGGUGGUGCAGACCACAUCGACUCCUCGAAGCCCGUGCGACAUGAACCCGAAGUUAUUAUGGCAGCUGCGAGCGCGGCGGUGAUCCAGCCGGCGCUGCUGACGGGCGGCGCGUCGGCGCGGCGCGGCUCGCCCCCCGCGCACCUCGCGCUGGCGCUGCUCGCGCUGCUGCUCGCCUGCUCCGCCCUCUUCCUCGCCUACCGCCUCUACUGCGUCGCGUACCGACCGCACGCCGCUGUGUCGGGGCUGUCGGGCGAGGAGCUGUACGGCGAGCUGGUGCGGUGGCGCGCGCGGCUGCACGGCCGCGCCGCCAACGAGCUGCACGCCUUCCUCACCACCAACCUGCUGCUGCUCACCAAGGUCAGAGAAUCCUUAGAAGCGCUGUCCGGUGUAAUACUAACGGAUAUGGCGGAAGGCGGGGCCAACGUCAACGAUGUGCCCAACGAGACGCUGUUCAGUUAGCGAGUGAGUGAGUGAGUGAGUGAGCGAGUGAGUGAGUGAAUGAGUUAGUGAAUGAGUGAUUGACGGCCAGUGAGUGAGUGAUCAGUGAGAUUUAGUGAUAUUGAACGUACGACAGGAUUCGUUUGGAGCUGAUGGUACCUUUGAGUAAGUUUUUAAAAGCGUUAAGAAGUUUUAAAAGCGUCUAUGAAGUUUCAUAUUAAAAUAUGUUUUUAAUUAAAUAUUUUUAUUUUACAUUAAUGUUGCAGUUAUAAGUCUACUAAAUUACAAGUGUUUUUUUAAUGUAUGUAUUUAUAUUAAUCGACUUAUCAAAGGUAUCAGCAGUGCACAGUUGAAUAGCUGUGAUCCAACAAGUUACAUAGAUUUCUAUAUUAGAAUUUCAUUUGAUAACAUUUAUUUUUGUUUAAGCGUAUCCAAAGAGCGGCUCUUGUGAUUACUUUGUAUAUACCAGUUGAUGCCUAUGAGGCGAGGCUAGGUCACAGUGUCAGACACGUAUUAGUUAAGCGUUAAAUGAUAUCAGUCUUUGAGAAAUAUUGCAAUUUCUAACAUUACUGAACAAAGGAAAAAGCACCCAUAAGUCUAUGUGUUAGGGUCGGUUUUAGUUUGACUCUUCGUUAAAUCUAAGAUACAGUAAAAUGAACGUACUUUUCAUAACUACUAGCUUUAAAGAAAUCAUUAAAAUAAGACGGUAUCACAUAAUUUUUAAUUUAGUAAAAUUUGGAUACAUUGUAAUUUAAAAGAGAUUAUGUAGCCAAUGUGUAGUUAAUACAAUAUUAUAAUUGCUUGCUUAAUUUAUUACGCAUUUCCAAAAGUAGUUAUAAUUUUGUAGUUUCGUUUACAUUCACGUGGAGUGAUGUUGUGUGAUAAUUUCUAAAUUGGUGCUAGUUGUUGUUAAGAUCACGGAAACAUUCCUGUUGAGAUAGUACAUGUUGAAGGUACAUUUAUUUUUAUUGUAAUCUGCGCAAUGAAAUAGAGAUGAGAUGUACUAAAAUUGAUUAAAACUGUUUGUGAAAGGGUUUGAAAAAUGAAAAUGCUUAUGAAUAUAUCUACUAUACUUCCAUUUGAAAUAACAAUAACAUAUUAACAUUAUAAAACACAAAGAGCGGGACUAUUUGAUAUAUUAUGUAUCUACAUGAACUCUGGCAUCAAUUAUUUAUUGUAUGGAAAAUUAUUAUAGUAUUUAUUUCAUCUCUAUUUCAUUGCAAAGAGAAUAUUUUGUAGCCAUGUACCUUUAGAGAGGAUAAAAAUAUAUUAAUAAAGGUACAUCGCUACAAUUAGGUACUUGCCAAAAACUUGAUUUUAUUUCAAGGCACUCAACAUUUUCAAUAUUUCGGUUACACAUAAAUAUCGCUAAUAAAUAAUAUUAUGUAUUUUCGUGUAUGUUGUAAUUUAUUAUUCUAGUCUUUAGUAAAGCUCAAGUUGUCAAUAUGAAGUUAUUUUGUGUACUUACACAUAAGUGGAGCUUUGAUUAGUGAAUAAAAAGUAUCCGGCUACCUUAUUUAAUUUUGUUAUAGUGCUAUCUUUGUCUGUUAUUCUCUAUUCGUAAUAUGUGCGACGGAGAGAACGCUAACCAAAGAUGGCCGAUUUUAGUUGUCAAAUGUCGGAUAUUAUUACCAAACUAUAUUUUUCGAUUGAAUAAGUUUUUAUCGUAUAUUUCCUUGAGUGUUAGGAUCCUCACUCUAUGGACGUAGAAAUAUUUUACAUUAAUUUUAGUACAAAUUGAUAUGGUAUUAGCUAUUCAUUUUUAGCCCUUUUUCGACCUAAUCUUAUCAUACCCAUCAAGGUUGUUUGAUUAGGUUUAUGUUUUAAACCUAAGUAAAAAUACACCUUUAUGUAAUCCUAUAUUAAAUAAGAAAUUUAUGUAAAUCCCGCAAGUUGUAGAACUUAGACCAUAUCAGUUUGAAGCUAUCAAAUGAUCAAAGUUUUAUCCGAAAAUUAGUUUGGUUAGUUUUACAUUAUAAGUGGGCUUUAAGGGAAAUAAAUAUUCAGAGUUAGAUUUAUUUUUCAAUGAACAUAAUGUUUAUUUUUCUUAGUAUAUUUUUGUUGCAGAGUAAAAUAAUAUAUUUUUUGUUGGUUUUCAUGAAAUUGUAAUGUGUAUUAUAUUAUGGUGAACAAUUUUAUAAUCGCAAUUUAUGUAAUGUGACAGUAACUGCAUUUAGAUAAUAUUCCAAUGAGAGUUAGGUAAAAAUUCACUUAGGGCAAUGUUUUAAGAAAUUUACAUUAAUUUGAGGCCAGUUUUAAGUCUCAUGUGCUUUAGUUUUUCCAUGUAUUCAAAUAGUUUAAAAUUGUAAUGAUUUAUGUAUUUACACUGUUAUUCUUGUGUUACUGUGACAACUAUGUAUUGCUAUGACCACGUUACCACUAGUGCCAAAGUGGUAUUUAUUUAGCUAGGCUGUGUAAACUAUUUCCUAAGAACACAAUAAAUGUUAUUGCCAAAGACAGCUAGACUAUCAUACUAGUUGAUACAUUCAUCUUAUAUUUGGAUAUUUAGCGCUAUUUUGGUAAAAUGUAUAUAAAACUGCAUUCGUAAACUAAAUGAAAACGGGUUUUAUGUAAAUGUUUGUAUAUCUUUUGUAUACUUAUUACAAUGGCUGUAAGGUAAUCAUGUGGAAUCAAAUGUACAAUUAUGUAUUAUAAUAUGGAUUUUUGCAUGUUUUUUGUUGAACAAUUUUGAGAAUCAAACCCAUUGUAGAUGUGUAUUGGGAUCGAUGAGUUUUUGUUUAGUUUACGAUUGCCAAUAUUCGCUUAAGCCUGUUUUCGGUAAUUGUAAUUAUUAGGCGAAUCGCGAUGUAUAUUGGUCGGAGGAUUUUUCUACAAAUUGUUAUGGGUUUUGUUGUAAAUCGGUCAUUUGUAUAUACGAUUCAAAGGGUUCAGUUGUUAUUCAGAUGUAAAUAAUAGAUAGCGGAUUUUAUUGAA